CGUGAGGGAUUUAAAGCUUUAUUUAAAUUCCCCGGCCUUUGGAGUGGGAUGAGACUUAGUGUUAUAAACACGGUGUUAAGCAGCAAAUGUCACGAGGAAAUUUAUAAUUAUCUUAAAAACAUAGAAUUUAUAUAUUCGCGGAUUUUGUCUAACAAAGAGAUGUUCGAUCAUCUUGACGAGCAUGCAGUUAAGGCUUUGGAGGGUAAAUCGCCUAAGCGUUCUAAAUAUGACCGGGCUUUGGUUAAAAGCAUUUUAGAAGAGGGACGCAUAUUCCCACUAUUAAGUUAUACUGAUCGCGAAAGGAUCUUUCGAAACCUUUGCGAUAUAAAUUUCCUCAUCCCCUCUCUUUACACGUUUUUUGAAGAUGUAAAACAUUUGGAUACUUGCGCUCGAUCCAUAAAACAUUUACUGGAUUCAUCUAAGCCUACAGUAUCUAAAGCAUUACUAAAAGCGUUUCGCAUUGAUAAAGAUGGAGCCUAUAGGGACACUGGGGACUUUCUAAAAGAAUUCGCUGCCGCUAAAAGGAAAAUAUGGCUUUAUGCCGGCCGCGAGUUUCCCGCACUCCCUCCCCAACGAAGGGAGAUGAACAAGCCGCUACUUGCCAAGGCUACAGCGUCAGUUGAUAAGCUUAAACUCUUUGAAUUUGCGGUGUUUGCGAAUAAAUUGCUCUUUACGUCAAAUAAAAUUAACGAUAUUAUAAGAAAUAAACCCUUAAAUGGUAUACACCAAGCGAUAAAUACGAGUAACGAAAUGCCAAGUGAGAUUAAGAAUUAG